GUCAUCACUGACCAGCCGAAGUUCGCCGACGGGACCCGAGCGAAUCCGAUGUGUCAGGAGGCACCCCGCUCCUCCUCCUCCUCCUCCUCCUCCUCUCUCAGCAUCAUUCCCGGUCAGAGGAUCCGAGGAUGAGUCCGUUGUCCGCCGCUCUGUGACGGACGAGCCUCUGCAGAUAGAACCGGAACCGGACCCGUCCUCAGAACGCGGUCAGCCAUGCCGUUGGUGAAGCGGAUUAUUGAACCCAGAUAUUUGUGUCGCAGCACUCUGCCUGAUGGGGUCGCCAGUGAGCUGGAGUGUGUCACCAACAGCACCCUGGCUGCUGUCAUCAAACAGCUCGGAGGACUCAGUCGUCAUGCGGAGGACAUCUUUGGUGAGCUGUUCACGGAGGCCAACAGUUUCUACCUGAGGAUGAACAGCCUACAGGAGCGCGUUGACCUGCUGGCAGUGAAGGUCACACAGCUGGACUCCACUGUGGAGGAAGUCUCUCUGCAGGACAUCAACAUGAGGAAGGCUUUCAGGAGCAGUACCAUCCAGGACCAGCAGGUGAUGUCACGGAGCUCAAUCCUCAACCCUGUGCUGGAAAUGUACCAACGCUGUGACAAGCCCCCACCCCUCAACAUCCUGACACCCUACAGAGACGAUAAGAAGGACGGGCUUAAGUUCUACACCGACCCAUCGUACUUCUUCAGCCUGUGGAAGGAAAAAAUGCUACAAGCCACAGAGAACAAACGCAAGGAGAAGAGACGACAGAAGGAGCAGAAGCACGUUGAGGAGUCGUCAGGUCGAGAGGUCAAGAAGGUGCGUAAGGCCCGUAACAGGCGUCAGGAGUGGAACCUGAUGGCGUACGAUAAGGAGCUCCGCCCGGAUGCCCGGCUGACUCCGUCACCUUACCACACCUCUGAUGGCUCCAUGUCACCUGACAGGUUGGACAUGGCAGACGACCCCCCCUUCCCUGCUGGUACUCACCAGGGGCAUGAUGGGAAGGAUCAUGUCACCGUGGUGACCGGUGGAAGUGGUCAGACUCAGUCAUUGGACCGCGCCCUCCGACCAGCCUCCGCCUCCUCUGUGGUCUCCACGGCGACCACUCGACAACACUCGCUGGGCCGCAACCAGCUGCAUCAUCACCACCACCCGCCACUGCCCACAGGAUCAACCAAUCAGAACGGAGCACGGACCAACAGCCCUAAAGAGGCCAAUGACCUUCAGAUCCCCCCGGCCCCUCCGCCGCCCCCCCCUCUCAUGACGUCAGCUGGACAGAUGGCGUUCUCCAACAGCUCCACCCACACCGCUGCCAUGGCAACACCGCUGCACCCUGCAGCCACUCCUGGUAACCAAGGUGGCGCCACCCUGUCCCGCCCCUACAGCCCCUCCCCUCCCCCACCUCCACAGGUGAACUACGGCCCCUCCCCCUCCCGGCCCGGAGGACAGGCCCCGCCCUUGGCUGCUGCUGCGCCCCCGUUGCCCCCGGCAACAGAUGGCAGGAAGCCUCCCGGCGGGCCGAGCGGGCCGAUGAACGACGCGCGCAGCGACCUACUGGCUGCCAUCCGCAGAGGGAUCCAGCUCAGGAAGGUCCAGGAGCAGCGCGAGCAGGAAGAGGCCAAGAAACGAGAGCCCACAGGAAAUGACGUCGCCACCAUUCUGUCACGACGCAUUGCUGUGGAGUACAGCGAAUCAGAGGAGGAGUCUGAGCCCGAGGACCAGGAGUGGUCCGACUGAUGCCAGGCCGGGUCAGACCGGGUCAGACUGCUCCUGGAACAGGAAAUGAUGUGAUGUGAGAGUCACUGAUUAUUGAUUAUUGACGAUCGGUCAGCAGGUAUCGAGGCAGCUGUCGAUUCUGAUGUUAUUGUUUAUUGUCCGUCAGUUGCCAUGGUAACCAGCUCGGUAGUUUCAUUAAUUAUCCAGCUUCUGUGUCUCAUGAAGCCUUGUGUGUGACGUGAGAGUAAAGUGAUGACAUCAUCCAGUGACAGACUGUUUCAUCCGUUUUUGUGAUGUCAUCGCUGAUGAUCAAAUCAAAUCAAUCAGAUUUUAUUUGUACAGCCCAAAGUCACAAAGUCCAUUUUCCUCUGAGGCUUUACAAUCUGUACAGGGAGUGACACCCUCUGUCCUUAGACCCUCGGUUCCAGUGAGGAAAAACUUGCCCACAAAAACCUUUAACAGGGAAAAUGAUGUAAAACAAACAGAAAAAAGGGGGCAUGUACUUCCUGUUCUGUACCAUCUGUGAUUGGUUUAUUGGUUAUUGAUCGGUGCUGUGUUCUCUGUGAUCUGCAUGAUGAAAUGAAGAAAAACUUUACUGAC